CGGGCCUUGGCGGAAAUCAACUUCCGGGGGCAGAGGUGUUAGAAGCCGAGUGGUGUGUGGGCUACCCCAACUCUAGUGACUGGGGCCGCCGUCUCACCUCAAGGGCCUAGGGCCGUGGCUCGGGUGUGCGCGUAGGGGUCUGUGUGCUGGGGGUGGCUCACCAGGCAGCGUGGGCUAGCGGCGCAGCGGCGGCAGCAGAGAGCGAGAAAGAGGAGCAGGUGCCACUUAAAGAAUGGAUGAUGAUGAUUUUGGUGGUUUUGAGGCUGCGGAGACUUUUGAUGGUGGAAAUGGUGAAACCCAAACAACAUCUCCUGCUAUUCCUUGGGCUGCCUUUCCUACAGUAUCCGGAGUCCAUCUUUCACCAUCUUCUCCUGAGAUUGUACUGGACCAUGACCACUCUUCUACCAUUGGCUGCCUCUCUUCUGAUGCAAUUAUUUUAUCAUCAGAGAAUACACAUGCAGAGAACAGCACUGUGAGUCAAACUAUUUCUAAAGCACAGAUUCAACAAUCACCACACACUCAUCUGGAUAUCUCACUUUUUCCAUUGGGUUUAAACGAUGAAAAAAGUAAUGGAACAAUUGCCCUUGUGGAUGAUUGUGAGGAUCCGGGAGCCAAUGUAUCUAACAUACAACUUCGGCAAAAAAUUUCAAGUCUGGAGAUUAAACUCAAAGUAUCUGAAGAAGAAAAACAGAGAAUUAAAAAGGAUGUGGAAUCAUUGAUGGAAAAGCAUAAUGUUUUAGAAAAAGGCUUUCUAAAAGAAAAAGAGCAAGAAGCCAUUUCUUUUCAAGAUAGUUACAAAGAACUUCAGGAAAAACAUAAACAAGAAUUGGAAGACAUGAGGAAAGCUGGUCACGAAGCCCUCAGCAUUAUUGUGGACGAAUAUAAGGCACUACUGCAGUCUUCAGUUAAGCAACAAGUAGAAGCUAUUGAAAAACAGUACAUUUCUGCAAUUGAGAAACAAGCACACAAGUGUGAGGAGUUGCUAAAUGCUCAGCAUCAGAGGCUCCUUGAAAUGCUAGAUACAGAGAAGGAACUGUUAAAAGAAAAAAUAAAGGAAGCUUUGAUUCAGCAAUCUCAAGAACAGAAGGAAAUAUUGGAAAAAUGUUUGGAGGAAGAAAGGCAAAGAAAUAAAGAGGCAUUAGUAUCUGCUGCAAAGCUUGAAAAAGAAGCAAUGCAGGAUGCAGUUUUAAAAGCCAUAGAAGAAGAAAGAAAACAUUUGGAAAAAGCCCAUGCUGAAGAAAGGGAAUUAUGGAAGAUAGAACAUGCAAAAGAUCAAGAAAAAGUAUCUCAAGAAAUUCAAAAAGCUAUACAAGAACAAAGAAAAAUAAGUCAGGAAACUGUAAAGGCAGCAAUAAUAGAAGAGCAGAAGCGAAGUGAAAAGGCUGUGGAAGAGGCAGUGAAAACAACAAGAGAUGAAUUGAUAGAGUAUAUAAAAGAACAGAAAAGGCUUGAUCAAGUCAUCCGUCAAAGAAGCCUGUCCAGUUUGGAACUGUUCCUCUCCUGUGCACAAAAACAGUGUGGAUACCUACAAACAAGUGGCUCAACCAUACUGCCCCUCUAACCUUGACUGACAGAUCUGUAGGUGAAGACCUGACCCCAGGUGAGCCUCCUAUGAAAAGUCUUAUGGUGACAUCACUUCAACUAUUUUUCCAUAGGGAGACAGACAUGAACCCCUAUAUCUAAGGUUAGAGGUUCCCCCAACCCAUUUUUCCUGAGUCUUGGAUUCUGUGAGAUACCCAAAUAUCCUUCCAGUAUGUUAGCACUACUAACUUUUUUCCCUUAAGCUAGCCAGAGCCAGUUUCUAUUACGUGCAACCAAAAAAAUAUUAACCAAGGCAGUCCAGCACAGAGCCCAGCAAGUAAUCCCUGGAUACUUGGCACUUUUUAGUUCCUCAUUUCCUCUACCAUACCAAUCCACAUCCAAAAUGGGAACACUCUUUGAUUUAUUUUAAGGAAUGUUAAAAAUAUAACUGAACCAAAGCCUCUAUUGUCUAACAAAGCCAAGUAAAUCAGAUACCCCAAACUAUGAACAAACAGUGCCCUAUUUAAAAGCUUUCUGUCACUCAGAAUCUAGAGUAGAGGUUUAAACUCAGCUUUGCUGAAUGCUGACUCACGUUCCAUUUCAAAGGAAGCUUACUCAGUGAUUGCUUUGAAAUCAAAACCAGAACAAUGUCCCUAUGAUUGGUGUUAUUCUGCACUGAGUCAGUUAUCUAUUAUUGUAACUUCUUUUUUUAUCUGACAAACUGAACGGAAUCAGGACAUGUUCUCUAUAUUUAAAAGAAUAAUACAUCUGAAUAAGAAAAAAAUAUAUAUAUAAACCUGGAAAAUAUUUAUAAAACUCCAGGAGAAAAGGAGACUUGGAUCAAAGCACUUCGCCUCUAGGCUUCUGUUUACAUACUAGUAAACAACUCUGCUGUGUCUCCAAAGACUGCUAACAAGAAGCAGAAAACUAGUGUGUUCUGAAUCCACAGGCUCCUUCCUUGUAGGCAUCGCCAUUGGCAUCAGAGUAAGUGGAUGAAGUGGAUGUUAUCACUAUAUAUGAGAGCUCACAGAUGUGACUGCUGACUGCUGGGCUUUUUUUUUUUUUAAGCCAGGCAAAACUAAAAUUAUUCCCUGAAUUUAACUGAUAAAUAAACACAUUUUUAACACACCCAAUCCUCCGUAAUGCACGGGCUACUUGUUCACCAAUCAUUGCUAUAACUAACUAGAAGGGAAAGAGUGGGUAAAAUUUUCUUUGAUCUGGUUUUGUUUUCUAAUCCCCACCUUCCCAAACAUUCAUUCUCAACAAGUUGCUCUCCCUUAAAUUGUUCCCCUUCCCGGAAUUGCUAUAUAUUGAACUUUUACUAUGGAGUACUUAAAUAAUUAAUGUUUUAAUUGUUACUUAUAAUUAACAAUUUGUGGUUUUAUUUGUUUAUGUCUGCCUCCUAAGAAGAGAGACUGCAUCUGUUUUGUUGUAUCAGUUCAUUUAAUAUUGCCUAGCCUGUAGUGAGGACUUAGUGUAUAAUUGAGUUAAUAAAUAAUUGAAUCAAUCAAAAAAGCAAUCAUUGCACCUACAAUGUAGUUAACCAACUAAUCCCCAGCUAAUAGAUUUUGGCUACUGCUUUAAAGGAUUUAGCUAAAGUUGCUGUGUUUCUGAAUGAGAUCCUGUAAGAAAAUUAACCCUCAUAAAACAGUAAAACCCACCUUCUGUAUAAAUCAAUAAAAUUUCUGAAAACUCUAAAAUGAAGUCUGUAUUUCCAGUGCUACUGGAAUGCUAAAGACCACCGAAUUUGGGUAGCCUUGAUUGAAAUGUGCUACCCAAAUUUAAAAGAUCUAAAUGUUAGUAGGGAAGAACAUAUAGGAAAUUACAUGUGAGGUUAUUUCAUGUGGUGCUGAGAGGUGCCUAGCUAGAAGAGUAAAUAGUGUCUGCUUGAGAGGGCUAUAGAAUAGUAUUAAACCUACUGGUCCGUCAGUUUUGAGUUGCAACACAUAGGGAGCAACAACAUUUAAGAGGACAGACUGAAUGCAUAAAGCUUUGUGAUGAAAAAUAGAAGAUUCAGAGGGCCCAGUAGAAGAAGUCAUGUGUAAGGAGAGGAGAGGUGCUUAAGAUUGGGUCAGAUCAGGGAAUGUCUGGAGCAUCGUGUGUGACAGCCCUGGUGAUAACAGAUGCCAAGAAUAUCUGACAGUCUUUUUCAAUCUGUCUCUGACUCCAGAUUGUGAUACAAAUUGGCCUUGUUAUGAGAAAUACACAGAAAUCAAGAAACAAACUUAUUCAAAAGGUAGGAAAAUUUGACUCAGUCCUGGCAAACAUUUGGUUCUCAGAAGUGUGGUAGCUGAUUUAAAAAGAAAAGAAAAAAUGAAGCCACAGAAUGUACAAAUUGCUGACUUCAACAUAGCUCAGAUACGGAAACAGAUAAUAGAAGAUUCUUUGUGGCAAGAUAUGUAUGUAAUGAAUUUUGAGUUGUGCCCCUUUUAUUGCAGUACUUUUUUCUGAAAUUGUUACAACUAAACAGCACUUUAAUUUUUCAUAUUUUUUGGUAUUUUGCCUGAUUAACUGCCAAAUGUAAAUGUUUAAUUCAACUCUACAAAAAUUUUUACCACUUAGUGAUUCAGUUAAUAAGUUUAUGCUUAUUGUCUCAGUGAGCUAUUCUUUUCUUAUAAAGCAGGGAAGAAACUUCUAUUCUCUGGUUAUAGUUAUAGAAAAUGAGGUAAACUAGGUAGAAAUAUCAAAGAGAAAACUCUGGUCUAUAUGGUUCCAAGCAAUCCAGAAAAAUAACCAGGUACGGUCAUUGAAGAGUAAGAUGUGUUCACUUCUAUAUGAAACUCAAAGCGCUACAGUGAUUCUACUUAAUAUAAAUCCUUUAUUAAACUGUCAUUUCCCCACAGGAGAAAUACUUGUGUUCAGAAAUAUGUGUUUUAUGUCUAUUACUUAGAAUUUUAAAUGCAUAUUCUCAAUUAUACAUAUUAAAUAGUCCACAGAGAAACCUAAAAGUUCUAUAAAACUCCUAAUGCAGUGUUAUAUAGACCCUAACCUCAAAUGUAACAAGGAUGGUACCCUCAUUAUUUUUUUAUUCCCUCUUUAUAUGUGAUCUCAACUGAUUCCAUGGCUUUAAAUACUCUCUGUAUGCUAAAGACCACCAAAUUUUUAUCUCCAGCCCAUUUCUUUCUUCUUAAGUCCAGAGUCCUAGAUUCAGCUGCCUACUUAAUAUUUCCACUCAGAUGUGGUACUUAACAUAUCAAAAACAGUAUUCGUCAUCCUCACCCCACCUCUGCCACCCAGAUUCUCUUCUCGUGUGUGUCUUUUCUAAUAUUCCUCAUCUCAGUGAAUGUCAGUAUCAUCCCUUCCUGCUUCUCCUCCCCAUUCCCUACACCAGACUCAGUCCUGUCAUCUCUACUCCAAAAUACAUACUGAAUCCAUCUAUCUUUUUCCAUUCAUUCUGACCACUACCUCCCAAAACAGUUUUUACAAUCUCUGGCCUAGACUUUUGAAGUGGCCUCCUAGAUGGCUACUUGUUUCCAUUCUUGCCCCCAAGUAAUUCUUCGUGUUAUAGCCAAUGAUCUCUUAAAACCUAAAUUUAUUGAAUCAUUAUAAAUGUAAUGUCUUUAUGGGAAAAUGUAUUCAUUGUCUCACUUCUGAUUCUAGGAACGUAUACAAUAUAGUAGGAAUAGAUGUAAGCCAUUUGUUGUGGCGUAUGUCACUGAGGCAGGGAUGCCAGCAGAAUCAAAUCUGCAGAUGGUGAAAGUUCAGCUGAAUUGAAGAAAGGGAGAAAGUGAAUGAAUAGUUAAGAGACUCACAAACCUCCAUUGUUAUGUAUAUAACCUCUUAGGAGUCAGCUGGCUUCUUUUUCUUCCCCUUUUCUUCUAGAUGACUUCAAGUUUGACCUGCCUAUUUUCUCCUCUACUGUUGGUUACUCUCAAACUAAAAUCUCUGUCCUUGAAAGUUUACUUGGGAACAGAAUUCAAUGUUAUAAAUAUCCACAAUCUCUUUCAGGUUUGAUUAAGAGUUCCAUUUGUGAUGGUGAGAAAUCUUGGAGUAAAAAAAGACCCCUUCCUGUUGUAUUUUCCUCUCUGUCCCCUUUACCUUUUGGUGAAUCUUUUAAUACAGAAUUGUAUAUACUGCAAAAGAAUAUGCAGCUUAGGCUGUUCUCGACAUUCUCUGACGGAAUUGGAGGGUCAGGCAAAUAAGACCUUGGUACAGGGUAGCGAAGGAAAAGCCCAGCAGGGCAUGAAGGCCUGACAUUUAAUUAUCCUCAUUGGCCAUGAAAAGUUUAUUCUUGUCUGUUCUUUUUGCUGUGUGGCAUCACCAAUUCUGUCAUUAUGGCAAGAACUCUCCAAGAAAUACCAGGUAGGAAGCUUAAGUAAAAUGAGAAUGGGAUCAUGAGAGAGGGGAAAUUGCAAAAUUCAAGAAAUCUCAAAUAGGAACAGCAGGAAAGGAAAGGGCCACUUUAUUGCCUAAAACCACCUGGCUUAGGUUAACAGUUCCAGGGUAUCCUUUUUUGAAUAGCUGUUCUAAUUAUUCAGCAGACUAAUAGGAGUACUCGAGACGUGGAAUGUGUCAGGUUACCUCAGGCAAUCCUGCCUCAACAAACUACCCAGGGGGCCAUGCCAUGCUUCUUUAUGACAUAGGUGAAUUUGAUAGGCUCACCAGCAGAACAUGGGAUCACAAGGUUGGAGCCAUUCCAUUUCCAUGAAAUAAUUUAAGCCAAUACAAGGGGAAGGGAUAAAGGCCUGAGAUGGCCUUUAGUUUCACAUUUUGUGCUAGAGGUAUUUUUACAUACUUUUUUUCUCUUAAGGAAUAGAAGGUGCCUAUAUCUUAUUACACUUAAGAAAGAAAAAUUAAACUGUAACUGGGUAUCUUCACUGUCAAUCAUUUAGCAAUAUUACCUGAUAAAACUUUCUGAGAUGUUGGAAACUAUAUAUGCACUGCCCAGUUUGCUGGCUCCUAGCUACAUGUGGUUACUGAACACUUGAAAUGUGGCUAGUGUGACAGAGGACACUAACUCAUUUUAUUUAAAUUUAUAUAGUUACGUGUGACUAGUGGCUACUCUUGGAAAAUGCAAAUACAGAGAUUCCCUUGCCAGAGGGGAGGCAGUAACCAAAUUAUUUCCCCUAAUCACACAAACAGAGUUACCGUUUGUUUCCUCCCACCCCCGUAAGACUGGUGUUUAAAGUAGGCUUGUCAUGAGUACAAAUGCACAUGAAAACACUUCAACGAAAGAAGAAAGCUGAGAACCCAGUGCUGUUGAUAUAUUAUCUAAAUGUAUCAUGAGUAAAGAUUAAAGGAGACCUUUCUGGAAAACUUUCUAGUAUAUGAUUCUUGGAACUAGGAACACUUCUAAUUUAGUGCCAACAAAAAAGGAUUUCUCUGAUCUUUGGCCAAAAUUAUCCUAAAAAUAAGAAACUCAUCUCUUUAGAUUUGAGUAAAUACCAUGGAUUCUGCUUUGGUUUGUUUUUGAGAGUUCCCUGGAGAAACAAUAUGACCUUAGUUUUAAAGAUUAAGCAGAAAAUGAGUAACUGCAUAUAAGAAUUCAGACUUCUAAAAUGGACUUUGGGGAAUGGAAAAUAAUGUCUAAUUAUUAUGUUAUGUCUUUGAAAUUAUUUAACUUAUACUUCCCCCACCCCAGUAAUUAAAUUUGUUGAGAAGUAGCUUUUCAUUAAGCUUGUAUUAUGCCAUGUACUGUGCUAGUCAUAUUACAACUAUUUAAUGCGUUUAACAGUUCUAUGAGGUAGAUAUCUCCUGUUAAAGAAGAGGCAACCAAUGCUUAAAGAGGCUAAUUGACUUACCAAUAAUUACUGCUGGUUCCAUACCAGGUCUGCUUGAUGCCCAUACUUUUCACCAGGGCAGGUAUUGCCUUUUGCCAGUAACAUUCACCUACUUUUUUUUUUUUUUUUUUUUAACUUAGCCACCCAUUCUGUUCAGAUUCACUUUUGUAGUAUAUCUGCCACCAAAGGACGCUAAUGAUCUUUCUCAGCACAAGCUUCAGGCACAGCCUUUUGGCAACCAGAUUAUGCUGAGUGGUAUAUCACCAAAGUUGCAGCAAGCCCUGUGGCUUGUGCGGUGUCAGAACUUUUGUAUGCUAGUGGGACAAAACUGUGGGAAAAUUAUUUCCCUUCUAUGCCAAAUUUCAUUUAAUUGCUAUCAUUUACCUAGUGGGAAAAGACUUAUGUUCCCACAGCUCAGGCAAAUCAGUCCUACUUCAAUACAUUGACUUAACCUGAAGUCAUAUUAGCAUAAUGAA